GGAACCUGAGUGGAGAGAGUUAAUAAUAUUAUAAGAUCUACUUAAGGAGCAGCCAAAGCCCUCAACAAAGAAAGGCAAAGAGAGAGACAGAGUGAGAAAAACUACGAGAGAAAGAGAUGGAAUGGAGAAAAUGCUACUUGGAUGUCAUUCUUGUACCACUAGGGUUCCUCAUGACUGCUUCGUAUCAUGCUUGGUUAUGGCAUAAGGUUCGGACCGACCCACGAUCUACCAUCAUCGGCAUAAACACCAGCGGACGACGAUUCUGGGUCUCGGCGAUGAUGAAGGACAAUGAAAAGAAGAACAUCCUGGCCGUCCAAACCCUUCGUAACACGAUCAUGGGAUCAACCCUAAUGGCCACCACAUCAAUCCUCCUAUGCUCCGGCCUAGCAGCUGUGAUCAGCAGCACAUACAGUGUGAAGAAACCGCUCAAUGACACCGUUUACGGGGCACACGGGGAAUUCAUGGUUGCUUUAAAAUACGUUACCCUACUCACAAUUUUCCUCUUCUCGUUCAUGUGUCACUCGCUUUCAAUCAGGUUCAUAAACCAAGUGAACAUCCUAAUUAACAGUCCACAAGAACCCACGUCGUUGGUGACUCCAGAGUAUGUGUCUGCGCUUUUGGAAAGGGGUUACUUGUUAAACACUGCGGGGAACAGGUUGUUUUAUGGAGCACUGCCUCUCGUGCUUUGGAUAUUUGGACCAGUUUUGGUGUUUUUGUGUUCUGCCACGAUGGUGCCUGUGCUUUACAAUUUGGACUUUGUGUCUAGCAGUAGCACUGAAAAGACAAAAAUGGAUAUUGGUAAUGAAAAUGGGGAUGCAUUUGUAUGAAUUGGGCAUAGUCGUCCAAAGUGAAGAUGGUGCGUGAUUCAAUCACGGCUGAAAACAUUGUGCAAAUUAAAUCCAAGAGUUGUCAACACCUUGUCGGCGCCUCCUUUACUUCAUCUCCCUUUGCCGUGUCCUCAGCCGUGGCAUGCAAGAGAGGUAUAGAGAGAAGGGAAGCCAUCAUCUGGGCAAGAGAGAGAGAUGGUCCACUCCAAAAAAAUUUGGACUAUAAGUUGUUUUACAUAUGUUAUACUUCCGUAAAUUUGAUAAAAUGAUCAAUUAUCAUAUGUUUGGUUUGGAAAGCUGAAUGAUCAAUCAAUAUGUUUAGAUUGGGGAUGGAAAUAAAUUUAGAUUGAUUACUUGCAGAAAUGCAUUUCUAA